UCACUGGUCAAUGUAUCACCACCCACUCCUCCUGCAUUAAGACAUGAGGGAGAAAGAGAAGAUUUUUUUUUUUUUUUUAAUUUCCGACUUGUCAAAUUCGGUACAUAAUCAAUGAAAUUUAGAUCUGUGAGAAAAACCCAUUUGUAAUCGAGGCUUGAAUUUGAGCUCCCAUGGCUACACUCACGGUAUUGAUGCUGGUGGGUUUUUUGUUUUGGAUUGAUGGCGGGUCGGGUUUGGAGCAAGAGGCUCCGUAUAGGAUCCAUACUUUGUUCUCUGUGGAGUGCCAGAAUUACUUUGAUUGGCAAACUGUGGGGCUUAUGCAUAGUUUCAAGAAGGCCCAGCAACCGGGACCUAUAACCAGAUUAUUGAGUUGUACGGAUGAGGAGAAAAAGAAUUAUAGAGGGAUGCAUUUGGCACCAACUCUUGAAGUUCCUUCUAUGAGUAGGCACCCCAAAACUGGUGAUUGGUACCCUGCAAUAAACAAACCCGCUGGAAUAGUCCACUGGCUUAAAUAUAGUAAAGAUGCAGAUGACGUUGAUUGGGUUGUCAUUCUAGAUGCAGACAUGAUCAUUAGAGGUCCAAUUAUCCCUUGGGAACUUGGUGCAGAGAAAGGCAGGCCUGUUGCUGCAUAUUAUGGAUACUUGGUUGGAUGUGACAAUAUUCUAGCUAAAUUGCACACAAAGCACCCUGAACUCUGUGACAAGGUUGGUGGGCUUUUAGCCAUGCACAUAGAUGAUCUUCGAGCAUUAGCACCCUUGUGGCUUUCAAAGACAGAAGAAGUACGGGAAGAUAGAACUCACUGGGGAACCAAUAUUACUGGCGACAUCUAUGGGGCAGGAUGGAUAAGUGAGAUGUAUGGCUACUCAUUUGGUGCAGCUGAAGCUGGACUUCGGCACAAGAUCAGUGAGGACCUGAUGAUCUAUCCAGGCUAUAUUCCACGAAAGGGCAUUGAACCUAUUCUUAUACACUAUGGCUUGCCAUUUAGUGUGGGGAAUUGGUCUUUUUCUAAAUUGGAUCACCAUGAAGAUGAUAUUGUCUAUGAUUGUGGUCGGCUCUUUCCCGAGCCUCCUUAUCCUAGAGAGGUGCGGUUGUUGGCAUCUGAUCUUAAUAAAAAGCGAGCCCUGUUUUUAAAUUUAGAGUGUAUAAACACUUUGAAUGAGGGACUUUUGUUACAGCAUGCUGCAAAUGGAUGUCCUAAGCCUAAAUGGUCAAGAUACUUGAGUUUUUUGAAGAGCAAAACUUUUGCUGAUCUAACUCGGCCAAAAUUUCUUGCUCCUGGUAGUAUAGAAACCAAGGAGGCUGCAAACCAGGGUGGAAACCAGGAGCAGGCCGUUGAUGAACCUGAGAAACCACAUCCAAAAAUGCACACCAUAUUUUCCACAGAAUGCACUCGUUACUUUGAUUGGCAGACUGUAGGCCUUGUCCACAGUUUCCACCUGAGUGGCCAGCCUGGAAAUAUAACACGGCUUCUCAGCUGCACGGAUGAAGACUUAAAACAAUAUGCAGGCCAUGAUCUCGCUCCCACCCAUUAUGUUCCUUCCAUGAGCCGGCAUCCCCUAACAGGCGAUUGGUAUCCAGCAAUUAAUAAACCAGCUGCCGUCCUUCAUUGGCUAAAUCAUGCAGAUAUUGAUGCUGAGUUUAUAGUUAUUCUUGAUGCUGACAUGAUUUUGAGAGGUCCAAUUACACCAUGGGAGUUCAAAGCUGCACGUGGCCGUCCGGUUUCAACUCCCUAUGACUACCUAAUUGGUUGUGACAAUGAGCUUGCUAAACUCCAUACACGCCAUCCAGAUGCUUGUGACAAGGUUGGGGGUGUGAUCAUCAUGCAUAUAGAUGAUCUCAGAAAAUUUGCCAUGCUAUGGUUGCAUAAAUCCGAGGAGGUGCGGGCUGACAAAGCUCAUUACGCUACAAAUAUCACUGGGGAUAUUUAUGCAUCGGGCUGGAUUAGUGAGAUGUAUGGCUACUCAUUUGGGGCAGCAGAGCUGAAACUGCGGCACCUCAUAAACAGCGAGAUUUUAAUAUAUCCAGGUUAUGUCCCUGAGCCUGGUGUUAAGUAUAGAGUUUUCCACUAUGGCUUAGAUUUUAAAGUUGGGAAUUGGAGUUUUGAUAAGGCAAACUGGAGAGAUACUGAUGUGGUCAACAAAUGCUGGGCUAAGUUUCCAGAUCCACCUGAUCCUUUAACACUCGAUCGGUCUAAUGAGGACAUCUUACAAAGAGACCUACUUAGCAUAGAAUGUGGAAAGACACUGAAUGACGCUCUAGAACUGCAUCAUAAGAAGAGAAAUUGCCCUGAUCCCCACUCUUUAUCCACCUCAAAACGUGAUACAGGAAAGGAAGAUUCAAGUUCAAGGAAAUUUGGCAGGUUUGAUGGAAGUAAUGCUGUAAGAAGCAACCCUGUGCCCACAAAAAACUCAGAGGAAACAUCUCCGCCUGUUCCAAAAGACGGGCUAUUUGGUUCUUUGAGGUUCUGGGUUGUUGCUCUGUGGAUGAUUUCAGGUUUGGGUUUCUUGGCUGUCAUGUUCAUGGUGUUUUCAGGCCGUAAAAGCAAGGGAAGUAAGAGUAAAACUUAUAGAAGCAGAAGAAGAUAAUCUUACUCGGGAUUCAUGGAUGUGAAUGGCUGUGAUCUGGUUCUCCGCAAUAUUGAAGCAUCUUUGGAACCUUAACUUUUGCGGCGGGGGUGUGAUGAUUUAUUGAGAUUGUCAUGCUAGAUCAUUUCUCAAGGGAAAUUUCGUGAACUCACCAUGUCAACAGUAAAACUGAUAUUACAGAACAGUGUAGAUUAUUAUGUCAACAGAAAAAAUGAUCCUAUCACAGAAAAGUUUUGGCCACCAUUCCAUUGAUGUUGCAAGCUGUAGCUUAGACCUUGUAACUAUUUUUUUUCUUCUUCAAGAGUCAAAACAAUGUAAUAGAAUAAACAAUCGAGGGCUAUAAACCCUUUUUUUUCUUUGCUGCACUCUGUGUUUUUGCUACUGUAAGUCUGUCUCACCCUGCAUGUUACACACCAAAGCUGCUCCAGAAGCUAGCCGGUGAUCAAUAAUAAUAUCUCCUUUUUUGGGUA